GUGUAUUAGACGAGCAUCGCAUUGGAUGUGGAGGCAGGGAGGUGUGAGCUGCUCGGAGUGCUGCUGUAGCCGAGAGAGAGAGCUUCACCUGCCGCCAGGGUUUCUCCGAUCAUGGACUAGUUUGGCACAUGACGGAGAGCAACGGGAACCACAAGCCAAAGGACUAUCUACCUCGCUGCCUUCGCAACCAUUGGAGAGUAGCUUAAGAGUCGGUCGUUAUUUAUGUUUAUUUAUAUUUAUUUAUAACGCGCGCGUUUCGUAUCUAACGUUACAUUGCACUGAAUUUGGCGCCCCGAUGCUUUUACAUCAGUUCGUGAAUGGGACGUUGGAAGCGAUGUAUCCCAGUAUUCAGAAAGACACGACUUUCACCAAGAUCUUCGUGGGCGGUUUGCCGUAUCACACCACGGACGCGUCGCUGCGAACAUACUUCCAGACUUUCGGCGACAUCGAUGAAGCCGUGGUGAUAACGGACCGGCAGACGGGGAAAUCCAGAGGAUACGGCUUUGUCACUAUGAUAGAUAAAAGUGCAGCUGAGAGAGCUUGUAAAGAUCCCAACCCUAUUAUUGAUGGACGCAAAGCUAAUGUCAACCUGGCGUACCUCGGGGCCAAACCACGCAGCCCACUGACAGGAUACUCGACUGGAGUACAGCAGGUUCAACCAGCCCUGAUCCAGAGACAGUAUGGACUCAGCCAGCCGUAUGUUUACCCUCAGGCCUUCCUGCAGCCCAGUGUGGUUCUGCCCGCACAGGUCACCUCCAGCACCACGACCCCUUACCUAGACUUCAGCACUGCCUACACUCAGUACGCCUCCUCGGCCUUCGAGCAGUAUCCCUACGCCCCCUCGCCAGGCUUCCUGAGCUACAUGUACCCUCCAGGCACCCCCGGGCCCUCCUCCGCCACAAACACCCCGGUCCCCACAGCCCUCCCCUCCAUCGGAGGCGCCCCCAGCACAGCCUUCAUCCAGAUCCCUGCUCAUCAGCUCCACGCCGACCGCCUGUAGAUCAGGCCACAGGGACCCACCGGGUUUGCUGAUAUUGCACUAGAACAUCAUCAUUUUGGGACAGGGAACUGUGACAUCAUCAGCCUGAGACUGGGGGCGAAUACAAAGGGGCUUCAAGUUAUUCUGCUUUUCAUCAACCCUAAGUUUAUGGACUUUUACUCUGACUGGUUACUCUUUAUGAUUAAUAAUGAUAUAUUAUUGGUAGAAGAUUGUUGAAUAACCAAUAUUAGAUGAAUAAAUGGCGGAUUGCAGGGUUGUAAUGCAGACGGAUCCAACGAAUGAGAAGCGAGAGGUUCUACACACACAACCGUUCAAAAGUUUGGGGUCGGUAAGAUUUUCUAAUGUUUUU